GUUUCUAGUUUCUAGUUUCUAGUAAACCAUAAAAACUGAUUAGAAAAAGAGAGAGUGUUUAUUUUUUAGUUGUUGAUAUUGAAAUAAAAUAAAUCAAAAGAAGGAAGUUGCAACGAAGUGGGUGACCUCGUAACCUGUUUCUUAUUGGCAGAAACACUUAAGAGACUAUUUGACCACGUAUAAAUUCUGCGACUAAUAUGCUCAAAACCCGACUACACCAAGACGAUGAUCAUCAUCGCCAGGGGUUGCUCAAUUUGAAUCAUUAACAUCGUGGGGUAUGGCUCAAAUUCCUUUCUUUGGAAUCAAGCAUCAUCGUAAGAAACGUGCCGUUUCCGCAGCAGUUCAAAUUCCGAGGAAAUCUUUCUUAUGGUGUACUCUUCUUCUUUUCUGUUGUGCUGCCAUUACUUUUUCUUCUCUUCGUUUCUUCUUUCGAGGGUUUCAUCCAUGGCGGCCGGAGGCAACUACGGCCCUAGCCAGUGUUAAACAGAACAUCUCAGUUAUAGAAACCGUCGAAUUCCCGGACGAGGCUGUUGUUUUCCUAAAAACCCCUCCUUCAACUCCCUUAUUCACCAAAUAUGACCUAUACUGCCUCUACCUUAAUCCUGACUCUUAUCAAUCUCCUGAAUCAGUUGAAAACGAUGAAUUAUUGGGCCAACAGCUUGUUCGUUGUCCCCUGAUUAAGCCACGUGGAGUGCUGACGUCACUUUCCGUCAAGCCCACCGGUUACACCUUCUCAAUUGGUCCAUCACGCCGGUGGAAUUCGUUGGCCUAUGAGGCGAUGAUCGAUCGCGAUAACACGACCAUCGUGUUUGUCAAAGGGUUUAAUCUUCGUGGUGGAAAACUAUCGAACGCUUCAAAAUUCAAGUGUGUUUAUGGUUGGGAUGUUAAGAAUCCCAAAUUCGUGUUACAAUCAGAUGUUGUAUCCGUUGCUCAAGAAGUUGUUCGAUGUUAUACCCCAAUGAGCAUACUUAAUAAUCCACAGAGGUUUAUUGAUAUUAGUAACAUGAAUCAGCCCAUUAAGGUUUCUGUUAGAAUGAUUGGUAAGGAGCCUUUAGAGUCCAUAGCGAGUCCUAAACACCGUCUGGAGCUUAACUUGCCAGGUCAAAAACAGCACCAUAUGUGUGUCUGCACAAUGUUAAGAAACCAGGCCAGCUUCUUGAAAGAGUGGAUCAUGUACCAUACUAGAAUCGGAGUACAACGUUGGUUUAUAUAUGAUAAUAACAGCUUGGAUGAUAUUGAUGAUGUCAUUAAGGUAUUAUCGAUGGAUGGGAACAUAAAUGUGACCCGACAUAUUUGGCCUUGGAUCAAGACUCAAGAGGCAGGUUUUGCUCAUUGUGCAUUACGAGCUAGGGAUGUGUGUGAGUGGGUUGGUUUUAUGGAUGUCGAUGAGUUCUUCCACUUGCCUACUGGUUUGUCAUUGCUUGACAUAUUAAGAGACCAAUCAAAGAGUAAAGUUGCUGAGUUGCGGGUGUCAUGUCAUAAUUUUGGACCAUCCGGUCUCAAAAAUCUCCCGACACAAGGGGUCACCAUGGGGUACAAUUGCAGGAUGAUUGCACCUGAGAGGCACAAGAGUAUAGUGAAACCGGAAGCAUUGAAUUCAACACUAAUCAAUGUGGUUCACCAUUUUCAUUUGAAGUCUGAGUUUAGGUAUGCCAAUAUGGAUAGAAAUGUGCUGGUGAUUAACCAUUACAAGUAUCAAGUUUGGAAUGUGUUCAAGCAGAAGUUCUACAGGAGGGUGGCUACUUAUGUUUCUGAUUGGCAACAGGACAAAAAUGUUGGGUCCAAGGAUCGUGCCCCGGGAUUAGGGACACGAGCUGUUGAACCACCAGAUUGGUCUAGUCGGUUUUGUGAAGUUAUUGACACUGGCCUUAAGGAUCGAGUAGCAGAGAUGUUCACCAACCCGAACACUGGCAAGUUACCCUGGCAAAAUCACUGACAUGACUUGGAGCCUGAAAUUAUUUAAUUUAAGACGCAACAGAAGUUUCUGACUUUUGAGGAUACAGGGGAGUUCAUUUCUUUUUUCUAUUUUAUUUGUACAUGUAAUAGUCGAUAUAUUCUUUUUGUACAUGAAUUUACGUCACAAACAAAGGUAAUAUGAAAAUGAAAGUUGAUUGUUUAAUGUA